AUGUCAAGUAAGAAAGAGAUCACCAAGAACAUUGUGGCGUUGUUGAAGACGUUGCCCAAAGACCGUCUUGAAAGAUAUUCGUCUUUCAAAGGAACACAGUUGGCUCGAUUCCAAGACAGUGCUAAGGUUGAAAGUAUGAGUGAACGUGAUUUACAACUACAAUAUUUGGCAUUACGUGAUAUGGUUAACGAUAAAUAUAAGAACUACUAUCGUCUUAGUGACAAGUUGUUGAAGCCCAAGGGUAAUCCUGAAUACUAUGACCGGUUGCUCAGCGAGCUUAAGGGAGAGAAGAAGGAAACAUUCUUGACUGCUGUUAGAACAGUUGUAUUUGGGAAAUCAAUGGAAGGCAUCGACUAUGAUUCGAUCUCACCGGAAGAACUAAACUCAUUGAUUCAGAAUAAAAAUCAAGAUGUUCAACUAUUGAAGAAGACCGAACUUCAAUAUCAAAGUUUGACUAUCCCUUAUUUGAAAGAAGCCAAUUCGUUAAAGGUGACCAAUUGGGAGAUUCAUGGCAAGGCAAUGGUUAAGAACAAUAAAUGUGUUCGAUUAACUAGAGACGUCAAACAUCAAGCUAGUAAUAUGUUUGCCAGCAGACCUAUUGAGGCUGAGUCCUUUGAAAUGGAAUUGACCUUUAGUAUUUCAACGCCUAACGCCAGGGGGUUAUUAGGCGAUGGGUUAGCUAUUUGGUUCCUCGAAACUAAACCCGAUAUCGGAGAUGUGUUUGGAGUCCCCAAUUAUUUCAAUGGGAUGGGGAUCAUGAUCGAUACUUAUAAGAAUGGCAAAAGAGGUACUUUCCCCUAUGUUAAUAUCAUGUUGGGAGAUGGGACAACUAAAUAUUCCAAAUCCACGGAUGGUUACGAUACAAGGUUGGCUGGGUGUCCCCUCAAGAAGUUGGUGAAUCCUCCAACGGGGGAAACUAAAAUGAGAUUGGUAUACCUUAAGAAUGGAUAUCUUUCUAUUGAUUUCAAUUUGAAUGGAGUUCAUGAGGAUUGGACCAAUUGUGUUGCCUUGACAGAUGUUCACUUACCAGAUGUUAAAUAUCUUGGUCUUUCGGCGGAAACUGGAGAAUUGACUCAACAAAAUGACAUUAUAGAGAACAGAAUCUAUGGGUUACUCAAACCAGAUGGCACAUAUAUCAAUUCGUUAUUGGAAUUGGAAGCGUUGGCAGUGAAGAAGGAUCUGCAACAGGAACAGAAGACGCACAAGAUUAGAGAAAGAAAAGGCUACGGCCGUAAGUCGUUGGCUAGACUCCAGAGAGCAGAACAACGCAUCAAAGAACGUGAUAGGAAAAGAAGAUUGGAAAAGUAUGGUGAUGAAGAUGCGACAUUUGUUGUCCGCAACUUCCGCAGGGUAAUCACAUUCAUCAAAUACUUGAUGUGUCUUGUAGUGGGGGUGCUUGUAUUGUGGGGGGUGUUCAUUAUCUAUAGAAUGCAAAGACAGAAUAAAAAAAGUAGAGUGGUUGGGUUAUUAGAUUAA